GUGGCGGUAAUGCACUCUUCAACCAUUGUUAACUGAAGGAAGAAGAAGGACGCGUUUCCGCUCUCAUUACGUCCAUGCUGAUUUGAUUCUGUUUCUCUGAAUCUGAAUCUAUUUUAUUCAUUUCACCAUGUCUAUUAAAUUAAAUGCUCUUUUCAGCGACUCAUAUGUGGAUGUAAGCCAGUAUAGAGACCAACAUUUUAAGGGCAACCGUUACGAGCAGGAGAAGCUGCUGAAGCAGAGCUGCUCGCUGUACGUGGGAAACCUGUCCUUCUACACCACAGAGGAGCAGGUGCACGAGCUCUUCUCCAAGAGCGGAGACGUCAAGAGGAUCGUCAUCGGCCUCGACAAAGUCAAGAAGACCGCCUGCGGCUUCUGUUUCGUCGAAUAUUACACUCGUGCUGAUGCUGAGAAUGCCAUGAGGUUUAUCAAUGGCUCGAGGCUGGAUGACCGGAUCAUCCGAACAGACUGGGACGCAGGCUUUAAAGAGGGCAGGCAGUUCGGCCGGGGCAAGUCAGGCGGGCAGGUCAGAGAUGAGUACAGGCAGGACUAUGACCCCGCCAGAGGAGGUUAUGGGAAGUUGGUGCAGAAGUCUUGAACAUGCCUUUCGCCAGAAUUUUUUUAAACGUUUGCUUUUCUAGGUUAACAAUGAAUACGGACAGGGCUGCGCAGUAACAGAUCCAGUGUGUGCGAUGUACAUAUUAGAGUUUAGUGCUUUAGGAAUAUUCAUGCCUGAAAUUCAUCUAGUCUGGAAUGUAUAGGCUUUCUUUCUUUUUUUUUAUUUUUAAUAAAUUGCGUUUAAUAUAAACUGCCUUGUAAAAGCCCCACUGUUUGUUUUUAGAUGCAUCUACUGCAUGCAUAAUCCUAAAUGUAAAAUGUGUCGCCCAGUGAAUUUAGUCCGGUUUGCUGACAUUAACUGGAACUCAGAAGAGUGAACAGGGCAAUAAUCAGCACUGAUGUAAAAAAAAAAAAAAAAAGACAUUGUGUAAUUAGUGCACAACUCCUUGAAUCAGUUUCCGUCAUUACACAAUUAAACAUCAACCCAUUCUAGUGUUUAUAAAACUAUUUUAUUACUUAAAAAAAAAAAAGGAUUCUAAACUAUUUAGACAUGUCUCAAAUUUUGAUAACAGGGUUGCAAAUACUCCAUUUACACUGGCCUUCUAAGGUGGAAAAUCAGCAUUUUGUGAGGGUUAAGCACCUCCUUUCAUAAGUGUUUGCAAACACAACGACAGACACGGCACUGCUUAUUCAACAUGGUUUUAUGUAUUUUUAAAUAAUGAUGAAACUAGUAGUCAGAAACUCAGUCUGAGGUUAUGAUUCGUUGGUUCAAGUAACUAAAUGACAGUAUCGUCUUGAAUGCUGGGUCAACUGACAACAUUAUAAAUCUACUAUCCUGACAUUUUUGUGCCAAACUGCAUCACAAGAUAGAAAAACGCUCGUCACACAGAACAGAAAAGAUGGCCAUAAAGAUGACGACUCGAGCACAUCACAAACGCAAGAAUCAAAUAUAGCUUGGCUUUCAGCGUUUGUAUGAACCAAUGACAGAACGGCAGGUUUAGCUGAUAUUUUUCAGAUCAGUCUUCAUU